CAGACUCAGGUUGACCUGAUAAUAAUGACUUCUGCUCGGCUGCUGUUCGUGAGGUGAAGGAACUCUCGGCAGCAGCUCCAUCCUGUCCUUCCUCACAGGAAUGAGGACCGGACCAGCCUGCGGGGAAGGACCCGCAUCGACACGCCCGUUCUCUCUGCUGCUGGCUCGGUUCUUAAAGGGGAGAUGUUCCGGUGGACGAGCGAGUCCACGUUUACCGCCUCUGUGCGAAAACGACGUCAAACCCAGCGACUUCAAGCUGUUCUGGCUGAAUGUUGACGUUUAAGGCGGAAAUUGAUGGUUAAAGAAGCGAGUUUCUCUGUAGAACGGAGUGUUCCGACAGGACAGCAGCAGACCUCCCCUUUAACAACGACCUGCUUUCCGCGGAACAGACCAGCGGCCCGUCGGCUCCUCCAUCCUCCGUCUCUCCGUCUGUCUGUCCGCGGUCCAGCUGUGUUUUCUGCCCCUGCCAUGCUCCGGGUCCGCUGGCUCUUCUCUGCCCUGCUGUUCGUUCUGCUUCCGGGCCUGAGCCGGGGGUAUUUCCCCGAGGAACGCUGGAGCCCCGAGUCCCCUCUGCUCGCUCCGCGGGUCGUCAUCGCGCUCAUCUGCCGCAACGCGGAGCACUCUCUGCCGCUGGUCCUCGGAGCUAUCGAGCGGCUCAACUACCCGAAGGACCGCAUAGCGCUGUGGGUGGCGACAGAUCACAACAUUGAUAACACGACAGCCAUUCUCAGGGACUGGCUCAUCCAAGUGCAGAAGUACUAUCACUAUGUGGAGUGGAGACCCCAAGAGGAACCCAGUCGCUUUACGGAUGAGGUGGGGCCAAAGCACUGGAAUAAUCUUCGUUAUGAACACCUAAUGAAGCUCCGUCAGGCAGCACUGAACACCGCCCAUGAAAUAUGGGCGGACUACCUCCUGAUGACUGACUGUGACAACCUGCUCACCAAUCAGGAUGUGUUAUGGAAGCUGAUGAGCGAGAACAAGACUAUUGUGGCUCCUAUGCUGGAGUCUAGAGCUGCAUACUCCAACUUCUGGUGCGGCAUGACUUCACAGGGUUACUACAAGCGUACUCCCGCCUACAUGCCCAUCCGCAGGCAGGAGCGCAGAGGCUGUUUCGCUGUACCGAUGGUUCACUCUACCUACCUGGUAGACCUCCGAAAAGAAGCCUCCCGUUAUCUAGCUUUCUAUCCACCGCACGAGGAGUACAACUGGGCCUUGGAUGAUGUCAUCGUCUUUGCCUACUCUGCUCGUAUGGCAGAUGUGCAGAUGCACGUUUGCAACAAAGAAACCUAUGGCUAUUUGCCCGUCCCAAUGCGGGCCCAUGCCAGCCUGCAGGAUGAGGCCGAGAGCUUUCUACACACUCACCUGGAAGUCAUGGUGAAGGCUCCGCCUUUAGCGCCUUCUAGCUUCCUGUCCAUCUCUCCAAAGCAGCCCAACAAGAUGGGCUUUGAUGAGGUUUUCAUGAUUAAUCUGGUGCGGAGGACCGACCGUCGUGAGCGGAUGUUAAGGAGCCUGUACGAGCAGGAGAUCAGCUGUAAGGUUGUUGCUGCUGUGGAUGGCAAAGCUCUGAAUGUCUCUGACAUGGAGUCUCUGGGGAUCAGGAUGCUGCCCGGGUACAAAGACCCGUAUCACGGCCGGCCUCUCACCAAGGGGGAACUGGGUUGUUUCUUGUCUCAUUACAACAUUUGGAAGGAGAUUGUGGAUCGGGGUCUAAAGACUUCUUUGGUGCUUGAGGAUGAUCUCCGCUUCGAGGUGUUUUUCAAACGCCGUCUUCAGGCUCUGCUGCAGGAAGUCACCACGCACCAGUUGGACUGGGACCUGAUCUACAUAGGUCGGAAGCGGAUGCAGGUGGACCACCCGGAGAAGUCAGUUCCAAACAUUCACAACCUGGUGGAGGCCGAUUAUUCCUACUGGACUCUGGCCUACAUCUUGUCCAUGCGAGGAGCACAGAAGCUGCUGCGGGCCGAGCCUCUGAGUAAGAUGCUUCCCGUUGACGAGUUCCUUCCUGUGAUGUACGACAAACAUCCAGUUUCGGAGUACAUGGAGCACUUUGAGAAGCGGGACCUACACGCCUUCUCUGCAGAGCCGCUUCUAGUGUAUCCGACCCAUUACACCGGAGAGCCCGGGUACAUAAGCGACACGGAGACCUCGGUCGUCUGGGACAACGAGACGCUGAAAACAGACUGGGACCGAGCCAAGUCCAGGAAGACGCACGAGCAAGGGGAGCUGAGCUUCGAGGCUCAAAACUCAGAUGUGCUGCAGUCAGAACUGGAGAACUGGAGCGCACGGGACGAACUGUGACCAAAAAAAAACAAGGACUGGAAAGCUGAUGGGAGGAACAUUCAGGGAUCCAGAGAUGACGGAGUUCGAACCAAACUGUGACAGAAGGUCAAAGCAGAAACACGGCAGACGAGGCAGGAACAGUCAGAGAAGCAGAGAUGAGUUCACACAGACGAAGGGAAGACGAAGCCUUUCCUCACUCCAACUCUGAGCUGUUUCUUUGGGGAGAUUAGAACUACAGUUAACUUCUGAAGAGACAAACAGCUUUGGUCUUAUUUAUUGUUUCCAACAGAUGUUCUGUUUACCUAUAACCUGAUUCAUUCAUUAGUUUUGUAUCUGCCUUUUAUGACCACAGUUUUAUGAUUCUUAUUUUUAUGGAGGUUGGGCUGGAAGAAGAUUGUCCUCAGAAACAAUGUGGAUCAUAUUUUUACUUCAGGAAUUAAAUAUUGUCUAGGAUGAAAAUAUAACAAACUUCAGAAACAGAAGGAUGUUCCUGUCUGUUUACUUUCUUUCCUUUUGUACUGACAUCAAUGCUUCUUGAAAAGGCAAAUUCUCUAACAUGUAAUGCUGUUCUAUGGUUUUGCCUGAUCAGCUGUUCUCAUUUUUUCCAUCUUCAUCAGUUAUUUUUCUUUUUUUUCAUAAUAAAUACUUCAAUUUAUGACAUCAGAUUAAAAAAAGUGUAUUUUAUUGUAAAAAGGUGUCAGUGUGCCAGUUCUUUCUAUUUACUAAAACUGUAACCUUCUGACAGUCACUUUGUUAAAUAUUGACUGAGCAUUUAUAUGGUGUCUUGAGCGUUAAGACAAAUGUAACAACAGCCAUAUUCUGAACAAAUGAAUUGUAGAGAUUAAUUUCUGUGAGUUUCUGUGAGAAUAAUAAUAAUGAUAUUUAGUCUGUCGUUAAA